AUGUCGACAUCAGCCUCUCUAGAACUGACCCAAAGCCUGUUAACCAGCGGUGCUAGAGCCGCUGGAAUAAUUCUCUUACAAGCGAGCUACUUCCUCGCUAUUCCUCAACUUGCCCGCGACAUUCCUGGCGGAACUCCCGGUAUGCAUGGCGGUGAUAGUGGUGCCCCUCUCGUUAUUUAUCGCACAAAUCCGGGAACCAGCCAGUCUCAAGAAUACCAACAGCUCAAUGUACCUGGUGGCGAGGAUGCUGAAUUCUUCCAACUCGGUGACCGGACCUUUCUGGCUACCGCGAGCGUUCGUUCCGGGUCUGAUCCAAACCACGACCCUAAUGUGGACUCUUGCAUCUUCGAGUGGGAUGGCGACAAGAUGGAAGAGUUCCAAUGUGUUCCCACUUGGGGCGGGAAGCAGUGGCACAAUUUCAAUCUAGCCGAGCGUCAUUUCCUUGCCCUGGCUCAAGGGCAUGGUGAGAUCGCUGAGCAGCCCGAGGCGCCAAUUACGAUCAACUCUACCAUCUUUGAAUGGAAUGGUGACAACUUCGAGCCAUUCCAGAUUAUUCCGUCCUUGAUGGGUUACAACUGGCUCCAUUUCUCCCUCGAAAAUCGCGACUUCCUAGCCUACGCUGAUCAAUACAACCUCUCGACCAUCUAUGAGUGGAAGGAAGAUAAAUUUGUUCCUUUCCAAGCUCUCGAUGGCGUGGGCGGAAGGGCUUUUGAAUUGAUCUCCGCCCAUGGACGCACACUACUAGCAUUUUCGCUCAUUGGUUCCGACAGCGUGGUCUACCAAUGGGCAGGACAGUCUUUCGAACACUAUCAGACUCUUGAAGGCAUCGGUGGUCGGGAGUUUGCGUUGAUCGAGGACAAGAACACUUCAUACCUACUCCAUAUCAAGUUUCUUCAAGGAAGUUUGGAGGACCCCGAUACCUCCAUGACCUCCAUCAUCUACCGCGUCGAUCCUGACGGGUUGAAGGUCACUGGUGACUUUGCUACGUUUGGCGGAACCGAUGUCUCAACGUUUAAGCAGGAUGGCAAGACGUUUGUUGUCACAUCAGAGAGCCUAACAGAAGAUUUGAGAUUCCGUCAAGACUCUCACAUAUAUCAGUUUGUCACUCAAAAGUCGAAUAAGACCGGUGACGCCAAGCAUUCGCUGUCACAAAGAAGUCAUGGCCGUUUUAAGAGAGAAGAUGACUAUGUGGUUCCCGAGUUUAUGAGCCUAUUCUCUGCUUACACCGGAGGGCCCAGCGGUAUUGGCGCCAAAUAUCAAAACAUAUCGACCGAUGCUCAGGCAACCACUCCCUUGCUAGUUGCUACCGCCGAGUCCAUGGUGUUGUAUCCCGGUAAUGGAGACGACCCCGUUGUUCUGGACUACCGACUUGGGGUCGCGGGUUUCAUUGAGCUGACUGCUGUAUCACAUCUUGGUCCUGCUGUAGCUUCUCUGGCCGAGGUGUACGAGGCCCAGCCUGAAUCAGACGAGUGGAGAGGGUUGGCGACACAAUUACUCAAUGCGACUGAAGCGGCACGCAAUGUUAACUCCGAGGCCCUGUGGAAGGACACACUCAAGAUCGAAGCAUACCAAGGUCGUGAGAGCAAGAUUGCCGACAUGAUAAACUAUGCCUGUGACCUCACUUCGCGCCUACUCGAGGCUGUGCUCGCCGACCCUUCCAAGCUGAGUGUCAAAUUUAUACGAGAGAAUUACGUCAACGUAACCGGCGGAGAGUUCAACGCCGAGGUUCCGAUUAACAAAGUGAUGACGGCGACCUUCUUCCUCUCGGCACUUGAUGGGGCUAUGCAAACCCACAAUGUACUCAAGGAUCGGGACAUUGACUGGACCAAGAUUAUGGUUCUGAUCAAUGGAAAGAUUGGCCGCCAGACGGCUGGCGUCGUCAUGAGUAGCAAGAGCCUGGCCCAGAUGUUCCUCAAAUCCCAGCCUGAACUCACCCCCGACCGCAUCUACAUCGCUCCCCACGGCACUGUGCCCAACACCACCGACAGGAGCGUCGAGCACCUGAGGAGUUACGAAACGGAGCUUCGCCGACUUUGGGCGGCCACUCGUGGCUACGUCGACUUGUCUGGCAAGAUGUUCGAGGGCUAUCCGGCUUACAGCGUGGCGAUGAGCACCCUUCCCGUUGUCAACUGGACGACCCCCAGCGUCAGCGAGUUGCCAGCCAUUUCCGGUCCAGAUGACUGGCUCGCUUUGACCACCAGCAUACGCGUCACCCUCGAGGACCCGCGCCAGCCGUUGUCCGGGUCGAUUACGGACUAUGCCACGCAGACAAUCUUUGAAGCUGGCUGGGACUUAACCAAGAUUGUUGUGCCUGGCUUAGAUAAUGUUGAUUACAAGACUGCUCAGGCCAAACUAUUCACAUAG